AUGGCCAAGAAUCACGAGUUCACCAUAGGAUGGAUUUGCCCUCUCCCAUUAGAGAAAGAAGCUGCAAGGCUAGUGCUGGACGAAGAGUAUCCGCAAGAGGAGGUUCAGUACCAGAAUGCAUACUACUUGGGCGGCCAGAUUGGCAAACAUAAGGUUGUUAUUGGGGUGCAGCGAAGGACAGGACUGACUAGUGCGGCAGUUCUUGCUGAGAAGAUGCACGCUGGGUUCCCCAAUAUCAAGUACUUUCUCCUUGUCGGCAUUGCUGGCGGUGUGCCCCGCUAUGGGCCACCUGGGGCAGCGUCAGAGAUUGUACUUGGCGACGUGGUGGUUAGUUCUCCUCGAGGGAAGCUCGGCGGGGUAUUGCAGUACGACAAGGGCGUGUGGGAAGGUCAAGGGCAACUAAAGUUUCUAGGACACACAAACGGCGUUCCAGGCGAUCUAAUGGCCGCCGUCAAUAACUUCCGCGCAGAUGGAUGGUCUAAAACAAAUAUCGCAGAAGUGCUGAAGCAAAUGCGUUUGAAGCUGCCUGAGGAACAAAAGCACCAGUACGAUGACCCAGGUCCCGGCCGUGAUAGGCUCUUCGAAGACACUUACGAGCACAAGGGCACAGGGCUUAACGACUGUAGAGAGUGCUGCGAUAUGGAUUACAUUGCAUCGCGAUCUGAUCGAGGAGAUGGAGCUACUCGACUAGUGGAUAGGCCAUUGGUUCACUUUGGCAAUGUCGCGUCAAGCAACCAGUUGCAAAUAUCGGCUGUAGAGCGCAAUAGAGUUCAACGAGAGCACGAUGUUAUUUGUUUCGAGAUGGAAGCAGCUGGUGUCAUGGAAGAGUACCCAUGUGUUGUUGUUCGUGGCAUUUGCGACUAUGCAGACUCGCAUAAGAAUAAAGGCUGGCAGAACUACGCGGCUGCCACGGCCGCAGCGUGUGCUAAAGGACUGUUGUCUAAGAUCCCUGCAGUCGAAACUACCAGUGGUGCGCCGUCGGCAGAGUCGUCUAUGCCUCAGCAACCAGCAAGUGUAACAAACAUAACGUUUGGUAAUAAUGACCAUGGCGUACAGGGCAGAGACAUUCACGGCAACAUACAUAUUGGGUGGUGUUGA